ACUUGCUGACUUCUUGAAUGUCGACAUCACUUACAUCAACAAAGUCGUGGAUGUAAAUUUAUCGAGCGUUAGUAGUAAAUUUUGUAAGAUCCACGGAGAACUUUAUUCCAGGGAGCUAUUGAAGAAGUACACUUCCUCAAUCACUAAACUGUUAGGAGAGAUGGGAGAAGUUGAUUUAACUUUUAUAUCUAAUCACUUUAAGUUACCUAAAGAAACCUUGUUAAAAAUUAUAGAAGAUGCUGGCAUACCCAUUCUUCGUGGAAGGGCUUCAAAUUCGCAUCUUAUUGCUCCUACUUCCUUCAAGUCAGUCCGGUGUCACAAAGUUCUUGGAGUCUUUAGAGCUUUGACUAAACCCCUGCUACUUAGUGUUAUCAAAGAUAAGUAUCAUUUUCAAGAUGACUUGUAUGAUGUUGUGCGAGGCUUAAUCCAAGAAAAGCUUUUGCUUGGAACUAUAGAUAACGCUCAAAAAGAAAUGAUUUAUACGCCCGCAAUUUAUAACUCUCUGCGAGAACAGUGGCUGCGGGAAACUUUAUGCCACAACGGCUAUUUAGAGAGCUCCAGAGCGUUGGCUAUGGGAAUCCCAAAUACAAGCAUUAAGAGAUAUUGUAAUCAAUUUCUCGAUGGCGUACUUUUAAGCACUUUAUUUAUUGGUAAAGAACUUUUGCGACAACUUUACGAUACUUUUCGGGAACUCUUAUUUUGGAAAGGCUUCAUUUCUCUUAACGAACUUAAAGAUUUUACUUCCUGUUUAACAAUGAAGGAUUGGGAAAUUUUACUUUCUUUUCUCAACUCUGCCUCAGGAAAUUUCGACAAAGCCUUUGAAACUCUCCAGUCAAUUCAACUUGAAGGCGGCUGCGGCAGCCUUGCUCAAACCAACUUUGAUAUUAUUUUUAUUAACAAGAAAAUGUUGUGCACGAGACAAUUUAUUGAUCAACUUUCAGACCUAUUAAAGUCCACCGUUCAAAAUCUGGCAGUUUUUUUUAAAUAUUAUUUAUAA